AUGACACUCGCUCUCCUGUGUCGCUGCGUCCGGCAUGCCACUCGACCCGUUGUCCGUGCCUCAACGAAGCACGUCAACAUCCCGAUACGAUGGGGUACUUCGAUAUCCCAGCGACCCGGGUCGGACAGCGUUCGAUUUCCCGGUGCAAUAAAUAGCAAGUUUACCAGUGAGAUGUCGUUCAUCAACCCUUCGGAACACGCUGCCAUCCCCACAUACCGAGUAAUGGACUCCGACGGCAUGAUCGUGGAUACGACUCGAGGACCGCCCAAAGUCACAAGUGAAGAGGUUAUUACAUGGUAUAAGAAUAUGUUAACGGUUAGUAUUAUGGACGUGAUUAUGUUUGAUGCUCAGAGGCAAGGUCGAUUGAGCUUCUAUAUGGUUUCAGCGGGCGAGGAAGGAAUAGCUGUUGGCUCUGCCUCUGCUCUGUCUCCCGAUGACGUUGUUUUUGUCCAAUACAGAGAAACUGGAGUUUUCCAGCAACGUGGAUUUACCCUCAAAGAUUUCAUGAGUCAACUGUUUGCAAACCGUAACGAUCCUGGCAGGGGACGAAAUAUGCCAGUCCAUUACGGCAGUCAAAAAUUUAAAACUCAUACCGUAUCAUCUCCGCUAGCCACACAAAUUCCGCAAGCGGCUGGCGCAGCUUACGCCCUGAAAAUCCAGGCUUUGCAAAACCCCAAUAUCCCAAAAAGGAUCGUCGCCUGUUAUUUUGGUGAAGGCGCUGCAAGCGAAGGCGAUUUCCACGCCGCUCUGAAUAUCGCAGCCACGCGCUCCUGUCCCGUAGUAUUCAUCUGCCGAAACAACGGCUACGCCAUCUCCACCCCAACACUGGAACAGUAUCGAGGUGACGGCAUUGCCAGCCGUGGAGUUGGAUAUGGCAUUGACACAAUCCGUGUUGACGGCAACGACUUCUUUGCUGUCCACGAGGCUACAAAGGAGGCCCGUCGUAUGGCCCUGGAAAACGGAGGGCGGCCCAUCCUCAUCGAAGCGAUGAGCUACCGUGUUUCCCAUCACAGCACGAGUGACGACAGCUUCGCGUACCGUGCCCGCGUCGAAGUUGAGGAUUGGAAACGACGCGAUAACCCGAUCACGCGGCUACGGAAGUGGAUGGAGAAUCAGGGAAUUUGGAAUGAGGAUCUCGAGCGUGAUACGCGAGACGAGGUGCGAAAGGCUGUGCUGCGGGAGUUUUCUGCAGCAGAGAAGGAGAAAAAGCCACCACUUCGCGAGAUGUUUAACGAUGUCUUUGAAAAGGUUCCAGAAUCGACGGAGGCGCAGAAGGCGGAGUUGAAGCGAAUUCUGCAGACUUAUCCCGCUGAAUAUGACCUUCAUGAAUAUGAGGAUGGGAUUAACGGGCUGUAG